UGACUGGCUUCUCGACACAGAGAACAAGUAAGAAUUUUCCAACUUUCUCAAUACCCCCCAAACCAAUCAAAGCUAGGCGGCGCACUGAUUUUAGCGCGAAACGCACUGUACUGCAGGGGAAAAACGACGCAUCGAUCCCGGGUCGUCAUCCGUCAACCCCGCCGAAGCAUCCCAACCCUCUCCGAAUCAACAUUCCUAGCACUAAAUCAUCAUUCCACGUCUCGAAAACAUCAUCAAGACCAUUACCUUCAUCUGAUAUUUUCCUGCCACGUCGUCCAAGCUUAUUGUAGCCCUCGCUUUACUUGAAGAGCUGCUACAAGCGACCGAGAAGCUUUCAGAGCCAACAUGCCCCCUCCAACAUCGAACGAGUCCGCAAGGAACCAAGUCGGCUCGGGUGCCCUCGCAGUCAACUCUCCCAACCGCAUCGACGCAUUCGUUCGGUCAACAUCUCCAUGGACCCCAUAUCAGACCGCGACGAGAAACGUUGCACAAGCGAUCAGAGAAUUCGAUGCCGCGUUUGAAGGGGCUUGGUCUCCAUCGAGCAGAAGAUCAGAGGUGCAGAUUGGGGGGGAGACACUAGUCGAGUCGGCGUCAUUGGAAAUCGAAGCACGCCUUCAGCUGGAAAGGACAACGAGGAGCUCUGGGAGCGGUCCAAUUCGAGAAACUGAGACGGAUAUGCGUAAUAAUGAGGCGACGGCCUCGAGCGCGAUUCUUGGUGACGUCUUUUUCCCCCGAAGUGAGAAUAAAAACCAACUUGGACAUAUCUCAGAAAAUGCCGAGGUUCCCUCCUCUCGACUCGAACAGGAAACCUCCAUCAUUGAGCCAAAGACUUCGAGCGAUGGCCCGCUCCCAAGAACUGAGAGGGCACUUGGAGCUGUGGAACUGAAAUCCGCCGCUGCUAGUCUCCUAUUGCUCGCUUCCAAAUUCUGGCAGAAUGGGUUCCCUUAUCUCUGCUACUCAUUGGUACUCCCCUAUCUAGAAGGGGCAUUGGAAAUGCUCGCUGGUUCUAGUAUGUCGAUCGGCGUCCAGCACAAGAAGGAUGAACGAAUCGUUCAGAUUGUCACCGAUAAGACUGUUCCCUAA